GUCCUCUGAACCCUGCACACAGCGGCUGGAGCCAUGGGCAUGUCUGCAGAGCAGGAGGAGGACUCCCGCAGCCCCAGAGAUGAGGAAUGGCCAGAAGCGGAGAAGGCUGAGAAGUUAGCAAGAGGCGCUGCUUUGAAAUGGGCCUCGGGGGUGUUUUACCGCCCGGACAAGUUGGAGGGUCUGGGACACUACCGGAGCCGGGAGGCCCAGCGGAACAUCUCGAUCCAGUCCCGGCUAAAGUCGACCGUGCAGUCGCACCUGGAGGGGGUGAGCUCGGGGCUGGAGCAGCUGCGCUCGGCGGCAGGGGACGUGCGGAGCGUGCGCCGGGACCUCUGCGCCGUGCGAUGGCACCUGCUGGGCAGUGCCGAGGGCUUCCAGAGGCUGGUGCCGCUGCGGGCUGUGGUGACGGAGCACGCGCAGCUGGCUGCGGUCGUGCGGGCGCUGCCCCAGCUCUCCUCAGUACACGAGCUCCUUGCCCACUCCCUCCGUCUCCUCCACGGGCAGCAGCUCCUGGAGGCCCACGCCGGGCUCAUGGCGCUGGAGCGCCUGCGGGACGACAUCUCCUCCCAGCUGCACGGCAGCAGCAGCCUCCCGAGGGACCAGGCCCUGGGCGUGGUGGAGUCCUUCUUCGCUGGCCUGCAGGAGCUGAGCCACGCACUGGCCCAGCAGCUGUGGCGUGUGGUGGGCGUCGGCGUGAGGCUGGUGCAGGAGGACCCGGCCCUCUUCGUCUCUGCCGUGCGGAUCAUUGAGAGAGAAGAGAGUGUCGACGAUGCCCUGCUGCUGGGUCCCCAUGCCCACCGCUUCCCCGCCCCCGGGCGCCCCAAAGCCUGGAGGCAGCGGUUCUACCAAGUCAUUCAGGAGACCAUCGCUGCUGCCCACUUCAAGGCCGCUCACGUGGAGCUGAAGGGCCCGGGACUGGGCCGGCACCUGGCCACGCUGCAGAGCGACAUCCUGGCGGAGCUGCGUGUGGUGAAAGACCUGAUGGUGCAGUGCUGCCCGCCUCACUACGACAUCCUCAGCGUCUGCACCCGCAUGUACCACCGGGGCCUCUCCGACCACCUGCAGGACAUCCUCAGCAGGGACCUGGACAAGCAAGAGAUCUUCAUGCUCCUCAGCUGGGUUCUGCAUGUGUACCAGAGCCCGGAAAUGAUGGGUCACCCAGACCUUCUCCCCGAGGUGGACGUGUCAACUCUGGCCCCCCUGGUGUCACCAGAGGUGGUGGAGCAGAUGGAAAGGAAAUACGUGGGGAAAGUCAAGGCCAGCGUGACUGAGUGGAUGCGGCGCACGCUGGAGGUGGAGUUCAAGGAGUGGUUCCGAGAGGAGGAACCAGAAAUGGAUCAUCUGGGCUUCUUCCAGUCUGCCCUGCCCAUCAUCGUCAUGCAGAUGCUGGAUGAGAACAUCCGGGUGGCCUCCCUGGUCACGGCCUCUCUGCAGCAGAAGGUUUACGCUAUGGCCAUGGACGAGCUGGAGGCCUUUCUGAUCAGGCUGCGAGAGGCCCUGGGGGACUGCGGGAAGGAGCACCAGAAGGACCGAGCCAUGCCCAAGCAUUACAUCUCCUACCUGCUGGCCCUGCUCAACAACAACAUGGCGCUGAGCUCGUCCAUCUCCACUCUGCACCCCGGCAGUGCAUCUCUUGCCAAGCCCGCUGAAAUCCCCUCCUCCCUGAAGACUGCGCUGGACAGGACCCAGAAGAAGGCCUGCCGGCUGCUGCUGGAGGAGCUGCUGCUGGAUUUGCAGCCCCUGUAUGUGCAGCUGCCGUCCCGCAAGUGGCUGUCCGGGGCCCAGCUGGUGAACAGCAUGUGCGAGGUGAUCGACAAGUACAUGAGAGACUUCUCCCACGUCAGGAACCCCGUCUUCACGUUCCUGCUGGCCGAGAGCGAGCACCUGGUCAUGACUCACUACGUGCGGGCGCUCAUGGAGAAGAAGAUGGUGUGCCGGAGCGCGGAGGAGCGGAGCCAGCUCGCCACCCGGCUGCUCCAGGACGCCGCCCAGCUGCGGGAGCUUUUCCACAACCUGGGCCUGGCCGAGAGCGAGCAGACCCUCGAGGUGAUAUUCGCCCUCCAGGAGCUCAUCCGCCUCCAGGACCCGGCCUUGCUCAGCCUGGAGGUCCUGGGAUUUAUGACGAAAUACCCCGACAUCAGCGAUGAGCACGUCUCCAUCCUGCUGGAUCUGCGGGGCGACGUCUCCAAGGAGGUCCGGAACGUGGUGCUGGAAAUGAUGGCGCAGAAUCCACAGUCCCUGCCCGAAAACUACCAGCCCAUCUUCAGCAACAUCCUGGUCCCGGCUCCGGAGCUUCCCUUCUGCCUUCGCAAGAGCAAGUGUGCCUGAGACACGCACGCCGCAGCCUGGCUGUCUGCAGCCUGCCCUGGCCAGCGGUGUCUCCGAACGACGGACCUCUGAGAGGCCCUGGGUGGGGCUGGGCAGAGACGCUGGGUCCCUGCUGUGUGUGAGGGGCUGUCUGGGCUCCAGAGACGGGGCAGGGAAAGCCUGGGCAUCAGCCCUGCUGUGCAGGGAGGAGAGGGGAGGCUUCCACACCCAUUCCCCAGUGGCCGACACCUUGGCACCUGCUUUGCUGGCGCCAGGGACCCUCAGCCCACUGAUCCCCCUGGCCACGUAACCCUGGAUGGGCUGAACCCAGCUGUAGGUCUGGCCCUAAACUGCUAAACCACCAGAUUCAGCUCUGCCCAUUCGGGUGUCCAGGCCUCUGCUCCGUGCUGCUUCCUAACUGCCCCCUCUGCUCAGCCCUCCCAGGCUAUGUGCAGCCCAGAGCCUGUGGAGGGGAUGGGCCGACCAAGGCAGGCAAGCGUGGCAGCAUCACAGAGCUGGGGGAGCAGAAAGGGAAUUUCCCCAGGAUUCCUUCCCCAGGUCCAGCCACAACCGCCCCCUCCCAUGCACCUGAGCGUGCCC